CGCCAGCUUACUACAGCGCAAUCGAGUCACUAUCCUCACUAAAAUUACAGCGCCCUUAUCCCCACCUUUUUUUCCCUCAAGCUCAACACUACCAAAGACAGCCUUGGUGCAAAAGCGGCGAUGCCCCGCGCUACCCAAACCUUGCAUCGCAAACUCGACUGCUUCAAAGCUUCAUCGUUUCCUUGCACCCGCGUAAACAAUGCUGCCGACUACCAUUAGAACGCCUCCGGCAAUUGCCGACUUCAUCCUGCUUGCCGAAUACCAAUCACAGACUCCCGAAUCCUUUGCCGACUCCAAGCCCGUUCUUCACUUGCACCUUGCGGACGCCCAAGCUUCAGUUCCCAAGUCGCAAGCAGGAAAGCUUGCCGUAUUUCCUGCCGAUGCCUCUGCAACUACUGACAGCACUGGCGAAGAGAUCGUCCAGCAGAAUGUUGCCGUCUUUGUGACCUCGUCAAACUUCACAAUCUUCAGCACCGAAGCUGAAACUGGUGUCACGAUCCCUUACCCCUCGAUAUCGAUCCAUGCUAUCAAGCAGGUUACGCCGACCAGUGAAGGCGGUCCCACACAGGCUGUCUGGAUGCAAGUCGAGAUUUCCGACGGCGGCGCAAACGACGACGACUUUGGAACCAUCGAGCUUACAAUCACUCCUCCCACAGCAGCUGAGGGCGAGCCCAGUACCGCAUCUCAGCUCUACGAGGCCGUGGCCAACUGCUCAAACCUCCACCCGGACCCGGAGAAUGAAGAUGACGAAGAAGAGGGUGACUACUACGACCGCAUUGUCAUUGAGGGCAGCGCAGAGCACGAGGCGCUCGAGGGAUUCACCGGCGUAAUGCGAGGCGCAACAGACGGUGGUCUACCUCCCCCUAUGCCUGGAAGCGGCGGCUGGAUUACAGCCGACAACGUCCACGAAUACUUUGACGCUGACGGCAACUGGAUCGGUCCCGAGGAAGAAGGAGAAGGCGAUGGAGAAGAGGCCGAGGGCACCGGUGGCCGCGUGAGACCUAGAGAUGAAGCCGAAAACGGAGAGGUCAAUGGCCACUCUACCGAAGCUGAUGCCGAGAAUAAACGACAAAGGGUUGAAUAAACAACACAGUCUGCUAUUACAAUAUCAACUACAAAGGUUGAUGACAAACAAAAAAAGAGGCGUUCAGGUCGGAAUAUUACGUUGUUUUUAACAAAAAUUAGAUCGAAAGACUAAAGUUUUACCAAUUCGACGCUACUACACAGCACAGUAGCAACAGUGGCUGUAUUCUGAAAGAGAGAAAAAGUUGUUUUGAAAAUUAUACUGGUCUGUCCAAAAUACGAAGAAUAAAGAGGAUAUGCUCCAAUGGCGCCAAAGGCUGCUUUCAGCCUAUAUGUGAUGCAUCUAACAAAAACAAUAUUAUGACCGUGGUAUAUGAAAUUACAGAAAAAGGUGUAAGAAGAAAGAAGAAGAAGAAAGUUCUUGUUCCGCAACCAGAACAAGAUAUGGGUAUAAAGUAAGUGCAAGAAUCGAAAAGAGGUAUUAAAAGAUGCCGAAUCACAUCCUCAAAGGUCGGUUGCGAGUAUCGGCGAGGUUGAAGCUGGUUCCGUCAAAGAUGACCAUGCUGUCACGCUUCUGGCGGCGACGUUCCUUCUUGGAAAGCUCCUCAACAGUCUGGUGCAUGGGCUUGGGACCCUUGGGUGGGCUAGCUCUUCCGGCGCUCUGAGGACGAGACGGGCUUCGGAUGGGCACAGUAGGCUUGGGAGACGAGCGAGGGGACUCAAUGACAAGGUUGGCGGCAGAAGUAUCUUCACGGAGGCCCUGGGACCCAGCAGUGUCACUACGGACAAGCGCGGUUCGGAUACCGAGGCCCUGGUUCUCCUUGCCUUCGACAACUUCCUCGCGCAGCUUGGAGGCUCCAGGAGGGCCAGGGUAGCGGCGAGCUCCCUGAGGUCGGCUUGUAGGCUGUCCACCAGUCGAGUAGGACUUGGUGUGCGACUUGCCCAUGUUGAAGUAGUGGCGGUCACCGAUGCGUGGGCCGUUGGCGUGCUGGGUAGACGAGGUUUCGCUGGCCUGAGCGGACUGAAGCGAGCCUGUGCUCUGGGAACUGCGCAGACUGUUCAUGCGUCUAAGCUCGGCAACCAUGCAGCUGACGCUGUUGAGGCCCUGGAUGGCCUUGAUGGUGGGCUUAAGGGCAGGAGAUCCAGUGGAAAGAGCACCGCUGCCUUGGACGCUGGAGGGGGCUUCGGACUGGUAGUACGAGCUGCUGUCCGAGACCUUGCGCUCCAUGGUCUCGCGAGGAGGAGGAGAGAGAAUGGUUACAACAGUGCCGUCGGGGCCAGAGACAGUGGGAGGAGCAGGCAAGGUUCUCUUGGGCGAAGAAGUUGCCAUGAGCAUGGAGAUAAUAUCGCCUUCGUUGUAGGGGGAAGAAGAGGCGUUGGAAGCCGCAUCGUCGUCGUUUCCGUCGCCGGUCGUCGACAAGGGGCUGGCAGUGGGUGACCGGCGUCUGUUGGAGAUGUGCGUAAUAACAUCCUUGGAGGGAGUAUCAUCAUCAGCUGGGGACAUGGACUUGGGAGUCGACGCCUCAGACAUGGAUGCCACGGAGACGGAGACGAAGCUCUCAUCAUCAUCAUCGUCAUACGAUGAUUCGGGAGAGUUGAGGAAGGUCUCGCGGGAAGGGUCCUCGAAGAUCUGAACAAACUCGCCAGCCUUGGGGCGGACUUCUUCGGAUUGGCUCAUCUGAGGAGGCUGGAGAACAAUAGACAGAUUAUUGGGGUCAAUGAGGGCGCUAUCUCGGAUGGGUUUGCCAUCGGCUCUGUCCGAGUGAGGACGAGUGUAGGACGGCACAGCGCGGACUGUGGUCUUGAUCAUAGUGUCAGAGUUAGAAGUCAAAGGUCGGGGGCCGCUCAUUGGCUGGUAGCGAGCAGCCAAGCUGUUCUUCUCAACGAAUGGGUCGUCCUCCUCGGGCUCACUGUAGAGUGUAGAAAGACUGCUAGAUGCAUCGCUAUCCUGGGAUCUGCGACGCUGAGGGCUGCGUUGCGGGCUGCGCUGGGGGCUUCUCUGAGGGCUUCUGGGAGCACGUUCAGGGCUCUUGGGAGCCAGGUUCUGGGCAAGAUGUUGGUUGUUUUGUGUCUCCCACUCGCGGCCACGCAGACGGCUGGGGCUGGAGUGACCACCGGGGAGCUGGAGCUCUUCAAUGGCUUCGGCAAUAAGACUGUUUGCAACGCUGCCAAUAGAGUUGGUAGAGUCCACUUGGGUAGCCCAGGUGUUGGAUUCGAUGAGAGAGCCGCGCUUAAAAGGACUAGGAGGUUGCUGGGAGGAGUUGGAGUUGGUCUUGAGACUGCGAGGAGUUCGCAGAGAAACAGGGCGCAUGAGCGAGCUGCGUGGCGUUCGAGACGGUGAUGUCUGACCCUCUCUGAGGCGCUGGUCGGUGCAACGCAAAAUAUCACGAAGCCCAGACUCGGCAACAGAGAGUGGACGCCGUUGAGAAGAUUGUGAGACGCGCUUUUGGUUGUAUUCCUGCUGAAUCUCAGCAGCCUGUUGGUGCCAGUAUUGCUUAAAUGCCUGUUGCUGCUGAGCAUCAAUCUGCUCCUGGAUAUACGCGGCGUCUGGGGGCUGGAUGGCGACAUUAGUGCCAAGAUUAGGUUCUGAGUAGAAUCGUCCUUCCGAAGUUCCAUGGUCAACAGCUUCAAUAUCUCUAAUAGCAUCUGGAGCACCAAACCAGCUAUCGCGCAUCACCCAGGUCGACAUGCUCAGUCUCUUGCUAAGUCUCUUGGAAGGCUCCUCUUCCUCCGAUUGGCUGCGAUGCGUCUUGCUGCGACGGAUAUUGAAGAGGCUAAAGCCAGUCGAAGGCAAAGGAGGAAUAGCAGGAACAGCAGGCUCGUUGAGAGAGACGCGGCUCGAGUGGCUUCUGGUGAGAUGGCUGGAAGGGUAAGUGGACAGCUUGGAGUCGGACUGGGCGGCGAGCAUCUUGCGUUUGGCCAGUCUCGUAGGAGAGACUUGAAUUUUUGUUGCACACGAGACAUCAUCGCCAACCUUAUUGGGAACUCGGACUUCAGUCUCUAUUCUUCGGGCAAUGGGAGGGCCUCGUCGAAUCUUCCACAACAUGAGGAAGCCAAUGCAGAUAAACAACGACACGCCGCCGCAGACGGCAAUGCCAACGAUCCAUCCUAGACUGAGAGCUGUAGAGUCUCGGGCUAUCAGCGUCCUCUUUUCCGUAAUUGAAUCCAUGACGGAUUAUGUUUUGUUGGUGAUGUCAAAAUAAUACACGUGGUGAGAACCAGCACUGGCGACGCUAUUGCUUUUGCACCUCACAAUAUCACCUCAGAAGCAAGAGCAAAGUCGCGUAAAUACACAAGAACGCUGCUCACAACUUCCUACCUUAUGGCAAUACGCACUUGAUUACAGCUAUCGGGCGUCGAAGAGAGUCGUGGGGGGCGUUUGCUGGCGGUGAUGUCGAUUGGGAUGAGUACCAAGAUAUUUUCUUUCACGAAACUACGGUAAGGCCAUAUCCACAGACUUUUGUUCACUGCCCCCUAUCCAAUAAACAAUGCUGUUCCGUGUUGGUCGUCGUGAGGGCCUCGCUGGCUCAGCUGGAAUGCGUCGUGGGUAGCAACGCAUUCCACAUCACCGCCAUCGCCUGAGGCCUGGCGAAUAGGUUGCCUGCAAAGACAGAAAUAUAGAACAAAAUAUAUUUUCAACGACAAAGUAAAUAGUCAUUUCAUUUGCUCGUCUGAUGCCCCAUCCAGCAAUCUGGAUCGAUCCAUAUGGGUGGCGCUUAGAUCGAGGGCAGAGGAACUGCUCUUAGAAUAAACAUGAGCAUCGCUGUACGGUAACCAAAAUGUGAGACAUUUGCCUGAAAAUACACACAGGGUUUCCCACAAACACAGUUGCUUAGACAUAAGGACAAAAUCACACUGUAUUU